UUGAAUGAAGAUGAGAUACUUCCGGAAUGUAAACGAUGCAUUUCCCCACGUAACAUAAAUACAAAAAUUUAAUAAGACUGCAGUUAUACCAUGUCGGAAACAAACUACCAUGGCAGUUUACUUCCAAAACACGCAAUAUAUCAUUCAUCAGGAAUAUUUCCUAUUAAAUCAAAUCAACAUUUCAAUCAAUGUUUGUCUGUGUAUUUGAUUCUGCUGGUAGCUGCCAAGUUUCUGCGAGCUGUAGGUCUCUUUGUCUCCUAUGACUUACUCAAAGUCAUACCAGUUGUACAGUUCCUGUUCCUCAUUAAGUUCUGGAGUUCCCUGCCCUUGCUAGUUCUUCAGAAACCAUUUUCCUCUGGAAAGAGAUUAAGUAAUAAUCAGUACUUUCGUAUUUUCCGCCAUGCCUUCAUUGGUGCAUUCAUUGGUUUGCUGUGGCUCUUUGGCCUCACUCUCUGUGGUCCUCUGAGGACCAUCCUUCUAUUUGAACACAGCGAUCUUGUGAUAAUUGCUGGUGCCAGUGCCCUCUUCACAAACAAUGGGGGAGGACCAGCAAAGACGAGAGGUGCCAUAUUUUUCCUGGUUGCAGUGAUCACUCUGCUUCUGUUUGACCAUGAUGAGAAGUUAGAUCACUUGGGUGACCAUGAACCAAAGGACAAGCAUCAUUCAAUAUUUUCACAUCUGUUUUAUCACACAGUCAAUUUCAUUGGCUGGUCGGACCACAAGGGAGGAGUGGUUCUGCUUGCCAUAACUCUGUGUAUGCAGGUCGGGUAUAACAGUGCCUCUCGUAAACUGUCCGUAGAUGUGGGUGGGGCAAAGAAGCUUCAUGCCCUCUCUUCACUAGUCCAGGCCACAGUUCUCUUCCCCUGGGCAACCUUCAUUUAUUUUACGAAAGAGUCUGAGGUGGAGUCUUGGUUGUAUUUAGUCAUACCCAUGGGAUUGGUGAUUCUGUUUGUGUUUCUGCUUGACUUUUACAUUGAGGCGGUAGCCUCUAACCAUCUACAAGGUCCCCGCACUGCUGUGUAUGGAACGUAUGCUAUAUUUAUCAGUGCUCUGUUGCUAGGAGUAACAUGGAACCAUCCGAUGGUGUCAUGGAUCACCACGGUAACCAAAGACAUCAUCACAGAAGACCAUGUCUUGUCAGGGGGCGUUAUUUUUAGCUUGAUGACAUUCAUUUUAGCCACCAGUAUGUUAGGAUGGCCAGGCCGCAGUAGUAAGGCGGGUAGUUUUAUUGGAUACUCACCGUCUGGUCAGCCUCUAUACAGCUUCAACACUGACGCCUUCGCGCGAACCUCACACUCCAUAGCCACUGUGAUGAAAAACGGUUUAAGGCAGAUCCUAGAAGAGUCAGACUCCAGAAAAAUAUUUUAUUUCUUGUGCAUUAACUUGAUGUUUACUUUUGUGGAGUUGAUUUAUGGGGUAUGGACUAACAGUCUGGGUCUGAUCUCUGACGGAUUCCACAUGCUGUUUGACUGCUCAGCUCUAGUGAUGGGACUUUAUGCUGCAAUCAUGAGUAGAUGGAAACCUACUCGAAUAUUUUCAUAUGGCUAUGACAGAGUGGAAGUUCUCUCUGGCUUCAUCAAUGGAUUGUUUCUGGUGGUUAUUGGUAUCUUUGUCUUCACGGAGGCCCUUGGGCGAUUAGUGGAACCCCCUGUAGUAUCCACAGAGAGACUUCUGACUGUGUCAGUAUUAGGGUUGCUAGUCAAUUUAUUUGGAAUUGUUGCAUUCCGAAGUUCACAUUCUCAUGGGCACGGAGGUCACGGACACAGUCAUGGUGGAGGUCAUGGUCAUAGUCAUGGCGGAGGUCAUAACCAUGGACACAGUCAUGGAGGUGAAGGUCAUCAGGAUAGAAAUGCAAACAUGGAAGGUGUAUUUCUACAUGUCUUGGCCGAUACUCUGGGCAGUGUUGGGGUCAUAAUAUCCUCACUCCUGAUAGAGAAUUUUGGUUGGAACAUCGCCGACCCCAUCUGCUCUCUGUUCAUUGCCACCAUGAUACUCCUGAGUGUGUUUCCUUUAUUGAGGGAAACCUCCACUAUCCUCCUACUGCGUACGCCGUCCAAUCUAGAGGCGGAGAUCCCAGACGUACUACAGAAGAUUAUGUCCCUUGAUGGAGUAUUAACCUAUCGACAUCCACACAUCUGGAACCAUACCUCCUCAAAGAUCCAUGGUACUCUGCAUGUACAGGUGUCUACAGAAGUCAGUGAACAAAAGAUUGUAGCUCAGGUAACCAACAUAUUAAAAGAACACAGUGUGUCAAACUUAGUGGUUCAGGUAGAGAAGGAGACAUAUUUCUAUCACCUGUCUGGACUCGGUGCUAGUUUUGAUCAAAUGACAGACUUUGGAACAAAACGUGAACAGUUCACAGUGGAGUCAAUCAAAGCCAUAUGAGUAAGCCAUACCAUGAAAUCAUUGGGAGAAACCGCAUGAUAAACUAAGAAGACAUUGAAGCAGAAGGAACCCAGAGCCAUGAGCUACAUACAUGUAGAGCGGAACAAAUGAUUGGGAGUAUUGAGUGAGUGGAUCAGAGUGAGUCAGACAUUUUGGUGAGAGGGUUGUCAGCUUUGUACUAUCAACACAUUGUGAUAUGCUGUAUUUUCUUGUUUUUUUUUUUUUUAUUUUUGCCACUCUUGUUAUUCUUUUAUUAUAAUAAGGAAGUGGCAAUCGCAAAUAAAACAUUUCAAUAAAAAAAAUUGGAUAUUUCCUUCUUGGCAAACAGAUAAACUUGAGCAUGUGAUAGAAUACAAUAUGU